AUGGAGCUGUUGCCAGCGCAUCAGCCUCUCCUCGAGGAUGACACCGACGAGGAUAUGUCUGACGAGCAGAUACGUGAGCUUCUCACUGAAGCCGCAACUCGUAUGCGCGCGAAGGCAGCCGGCAAGCCGACAGCCACUCCGGACGCUCCCUUCAGGCUCCCCAAGUUGAGGCCUGGGCACCUUGCCGACACUUACGAGAAAACCGACGGAAGCAUCACGCGUCUUGACCACUCGAAGCUCAUCGACAAGAAGCAGCAAGCUCUUGCCAAUGGCAUCAAGAAGAUUGAAGACCCACUUGUCGUCAAGAAGCAGAAGAUCGAGGAAAAGAAAGCUACCGCUGGCGCGCAGUGGUUCAACAUGCCGAAGACCGACCUCACGCCAGAGCUGCGUCGUGAUCUGCAAUUGCUGAAGAUGAGGAACGUCCUGGACCCAAAGCGCCAUUACAAGAAGGACAACUCGAAGAACGAUGUCCCAGCCUUCUCUCAGGUCGGCACCAUCAUCGAAGGCGCCACGGAGUUCUACAGCAGUCGUCUCAACAAGAAGGAACGCAAACAGACCAUCUUGGAGGAGGUGAUUGCCCAGGAGAAGGACAGCGGCCGUUUCCAGAGGAAGUACGAGGACAUCAACAAGAGCAAGGCCAGCGGCAAGAAGGCCCACUACAAGUCCAUGCAAGCGAAGAGGAACAAGGGCAAGGUUGUAAAACCUUGA